AGAAACAGCUGCUCCUUCGCUCUGACCCACCUCCAUGAGUCUGUUCAGCAUCUGUUGGCAGCUCUCCUCACACGGUACAGCAGCACUGCGUGGACUCGGUUGAUGAUCUCUGGUUUGGCAGUAUUUAUUUUGCAUUUUGAAAGAAGAAUGUCUGAACUUGUUCCUACAAAAAUGGAUAAAGAGAUGAAACCCUCUCUGCAGUAUGGCUCUUUGGAGAAAACACAGGUGGAAGAAGAGGUGGAGAAAUCAGGUGAGUUUUCAGAUGUUUAAAUUGAACUGGGAGCAUGGUGCAGACUCUUAUGGUCCACAGGUUCAAGAUAAUCAGACUGAUAAACCAAAUAUUUCAUUUAAAACACAAGUUAUCUGCGCUCUGGUCAAGUUAUUUUUCAUAAAACGCUUUUGACUGUGAAGUUUUAAUAUGAGAAGCAUCUUUUAUGCAGUAGAAAACACAAAUUUUAGUAAAGCUUUCACUUUUCUGCGAAGUACUUCAAUUGACAGAUAUUUAAUCAUAAUAAUUUUCAAAUUUCAAAAGUUUCCAUGAAACCUCUUAAAAAUUCUGAUAUGUAGACCCAGAAAUAGACCAACAGUUUGUUUUUUUGUUGUUGUUUUUUUUAGGUAUUAUUUCUUCUAAUUUCUGCAGUCAGUGUGGUUUUAUUCUUCCAUAUCAUCUCUGUAUUGUUUUUUAUUUUACACUUCAAACUGUGAUGGUUAAGGUAAGAAAAAAAUAGUUGACAGAUGAAGCAAAAUAUACAAUAAUCCAGGCAUAAUAGGUGAUGUUUUCCCCCCACAGUUUCAGCAUAUUUUUUUUUUCCUCUACAAGUCCAAAACACACCUGGCUGUGCUGGAUGAAUCAUCAGAGGUCCAUUCAAGGCUCCAUGUUUUCUAAAAAUAGAUCUUUAAAAUUCCUUUUAUUGAAGCAUUUUUUAGUGUUUGUAUAUUAAGAGUCCAAACUCCUGUCCAGUUCUGGGACUAAAGGUACUGCAUUGGUAUUAUACUGAGUGAAAUGUUGGACUCUUAUUAUUGCAUUUGGUGGAUUUCUGAUAUUUUCAAUCCUAUUUUGGACCUGGUUGAUUCUCAUCCUGAUAGCAGGUCUACUGUUUUUUUUUAACUGGAAGGAAAACAAAGUCUCUCCUGUACAAGGAUUUACUUGACACCUUUAUUGUGAUGGUAUGUCAUCCAGACAGACUUAAAUCAGACAACAUUUGAUUUACCAUAAAUGAUAAGUAUAGUAUAUAUUGCUGCUUUAUUUCAAGUUGACAGGUUUUCACUGGCAUCUACACUUUUCAGAAUUCCAUGAUUCUGUUCAGGAUGACAGCUCUUUAGAUGCUCAUUUUAAGCUCAGAGUGUUUAAAGUGUUGUUUUACUCCUCCUUGCCUCAGCUGUGCUUCAUAAGCAUUAAAUAUAGCAGUGCUGUCUGUUUCCAACACUUGAAGAUAAUUCCAUACAGAUGAUGUGUUGCAGCUGGGGAUGCAAUGAUUGGAGAUUUUGAUGGGACUUUUAUAGCCUGAGAAAUAAUUACAGUGUCACUAUAAUCAGAAUGCAUUCGCCAAUUCCAUGACAUUACUGAUGUUCAAAAUCACAUGAUAGCGAUUAUGGUGUUUUAUUUAUGGCUACUUUUGAAACAGAAAUAACACUUUCAUAAAACAAUACAUGUAAUACAGUAUUACCUUUUACAUUGACUUCAUGCUGCCACACAUCACUGGUUGAGCAUGAUCCUUAUACUGUAGUUAUGAUCCAGGUUUGAUCCCUUUCCCAUUCAUCACUCUCUUCCCAUUUCCUGCUCCCUCCAAUGCCCUGUCCUCUCAAAAUAAAUCCAAAAACUCUGAAAAUAAAUCUUUAAUAUUUCCUUGUUGAAUUCACCAACAAUCCUCUGUAUACAGACAUUAAUGGACCGAAAUAAGUAUAUGCGGCAUCUUAUCCUUGUAUACCACAAAAUAAUAUCACAGAGUAUUUAAAACAAUUACAAAUACUUCUUAAAAUGGUUACUGACCUUUAUAAAAUUACUAGUCUGAUGACUGAAACCCUUUUAUCAGCCCUGUAGUUGUCUGUGAACUGACAUUUUGAGUCGAGCAUAAAACAAAUCUAGAAGAAAACUGUAAAGUUUUGUUGGGGGAUAAAAUGAGUAUAUUUGUUUUAGAGUAAUCGUUUAAGAAAAAAAUUAUUUUAGCGACUUUUUUUUCCUUAAUGAUAGUGAAUCUUGUGGCGUUCCUCAGGGCUCAAUCAUGGGCCCUCUGUUGUUUCUUUGUGUACAUUUUUUGUUGUGUUUAGUGCAUGGAAUUAAAAAAUAGACACAAUUACCUAUUCAUUAAGUUCUAUUUCUAUGAUGUUCUGCAUACAACACAUAAUUGCUUUUAACUUUGAGUUUUGAACCUGCCUAAGUUUAGCCUGUUUUGGUUUAUCUACGCACAAAAAGACUCAAGUAGAUUUAAAAGCCAAGAACCAUUUAAACUUUAUUUUGGAGCCUUUUCAAGAGUUUGCAAACAACAGGAAUACUGCUCCACCCCCUCCCACUGUUAAUUAAUGUGUUUUAAUUCAUCAGCAUGUGGUAACACACAUGCUGAUGAAUUAAGUUGUGAGAUCACCAGAUAUGUGCAGUGCUUUGGGGAGGUUGAGUGUUUGUGCGGCCGUGAUAUCCCCAGUGAUUCAGUGUGGAUGAUUGUAAUGUCUGUUCACACAAGGUCAGGUAAUUAAAAGCCGAUCUGAGCUCUGCUGGAUGACUCAUCGCUCCACUGGGUGAGGAGUGGGAGGCUGCAGGGUGGGAAGGGGGGGUAAUACAGCUGUUCAGUGAAGCUUGAGGAGUUACUGGUGAGGGGAAGUCUCCUCUGAGCUCUGAACAGACCAGCAAAGGAUGCUGAAAUUGAUCUAAGGAUGUGUUAAUGUUCAAGCUAAACGAGUGUUAUUCAUAAAUUGAGGAUAUUUCAGUAUCUGUUGACAUUUAAAAAUUUGGCUUAAAGAGUAAGUUGAUCAUCUCAAAAGUACAGCAGAGGAUCAGAUCUUUAAAAUGAGUAAGUCUACAAAGAAAGAGGUGAAGAAAUCUCACAAGAUUGGUAAAUCAGCUCUUGAUUUGUAUCCUGAUCCAGUUUGUAUUUUUACAAAAAUUUACAGCUGUGCUCGCUCUGCUACAGCUAGCCACACUCCCAAACCAAUUUGCAGACUCUGUGAUCCUACCCAAGUAAAAGUACACGUCUAAAGAAAAUUUGCUUUAUUUGGAAAGAUGAGACCAACUUUAUGACCAGGAUUAUAGCCUGUAUAUGCUUCACACAUGUAAAGUGCUUAAAAAGGGCUUUCUGACGUCAAAGCAAAAGGCUAAAACUUCCCAAAUACUGUAUACUUACAUCAAGAACAACCCAAACACAAAUAAGACAGUAGCACUUCAACUGUUUAUCUUUCUGGUAUUUUGUGUGUCAUGUGUGCACCUUAGAGCUGACCUGUUUGCGUUUGUGAUUAUUGUCGUAAACCUGCUAACACAGGCUCUGUCUGUGUGUUAAGCUGUAGGUUAUCACCCUUACUUUAGCUAGUUUGUACUUGAGCUGUCAACUUUUAACCUCCUUACUUUGAUGAAAGUUUGUUUAUCAGAUUUGCACAUUGCAGAUGACCUUUUCAACGUGUUUUUGCACUCUUUAAAUUUUCAGUAUUUUCCAGUUUGUAUUGGAAAUGCAGCAAGUUCUCACAUAUAUUAACAUUAUGUUUUCCUUUUGCUGCAUCAGAUACUUCCACAAACUUCAGUGCGGAUCAUAAAUCAAAGAUAUUCAUUUUUAGAGCUGUAGCUCUGUAUAUGCCAUUUGGUGAACAGUAUACUAUUGAUGUUAUAUGGAAAAGAUUCACUCCAAAAAUGCAGCAGAAUUAUUUAAUUUCCAAAUAUACUAUAAGCCUAUUAUAACAGAUUAGUUCCACAUAAAAAAUGAAUGGAAAAUCUACUCACGCUAAACUAAAGCUUGGCUAUAAUGGUUGGAAACAGCCACUGAAAUGUUACUAUAUGAGAAAAAUGUCUUUAUGUUUACCUGGAAUCACCAUGAUUUUUUGUUUUUACUCUGUCUCACCUUUUGUUUCAUGUCUGUGGCUCUAUAAGACGUGUAACAAUUAUAAUUUUGCGACCCUGAUAAAAGUGUUUUGUUCUUCUCUACUGCAUUUCAGCAGAUGUCAUUUCCAUGGCUGACUCCACCAUCACCGUCGAAGACAUUGAGGGAGAGCUCAGCAAAAUCGAGCGGAUACGAGACAUCCUGGUACGCAGGGAGUCCGAGCUCAGAUACAUGUAAGAACAGCUGAUUCUCUUCAUUAUUUACAGCUCAAAUGUCAGACCUGACUCUCAUGAACUCAAGUAAUUCCUGGGAAAAAAAGCUGAAUAAGUGGAAGAAACUGUUUAGCCUACCCAUUCUAUUAACUAAAGCAUUUUUGUUUAAUUUUGGUGUUGAUGGUCUCCAAACUAAACGGCAGAUUUCAUUUGAAGUGAAGUAUUUUUACACUGUGUCAUCAAAACUGAAAGAUUUGGGUUCUUUUACGUAUGAUCACAGGCCUAAAAGAUGACACAAAUCUGAUCGAUGUCGAUCACUUUUUUCAGCACGGCAGUCGUUACUCACUGAGCACUUUUUGGUCUGAAAGAGGUCUAAUGGACGUCUAAAUGUAGCCUAGACCAGUGGUUCUCAAGUCCAGUCCUUGAGUCCCUCUGUCCUGCAUGUUUUGGAUGUUUCCCUGCUCCAACACACCUGAUUCAAAUGAUCAGCUCGUUAUCAAGCUCUGUAAUGGCUUAAUAACGAGCUAAUCAUUUGAAUCAGGUGUGUUGGAGCAGGGAAACAUCCAAAACAUGCAGGACUGUGGGCCUCGAGGACUGGACUUGAGAACCACUGGCCUGGACGACUGGUCUAAAAUCAGGCUACCACAGGUCUAAAGAUGACAGUUUUUUAGACGUCUAAAUUUAGACCAAGUUUAGACUAGCCGGCUAACAGAGCUGUAUCUAUACUACACUGUAUAUUACUCAACAGCUAUCACAAUUAUUUUGGUUAAGUACUUGGAGAUCAGUUAUGCAAAUUCCAGUUGCUCUUUGAAAUAAAUAGUUAUUGAAUAAUGAGUUAAAAUGCAAUGUCUGAAUUCUGUCUAAAAAUAUACAAAAUCUAGACGGUUAAAAUUAGGUCUAAAAAAACUAGACAUCUAAUAGCUAUCUAUUGCUCAGCUGGUAGCUUGUUCGUGCUCAUGAUCGCUCCAUCUUCUCUCUGGUUGUGCUCACACACAAAUACAAACACCUGCCUCCUCCUGCUCCUCUCCCUGCUCUCCUCUCUCCACCUGUGGCUGCCCACACUCUGCUCAUCAUAUAUUCUCAAGGUAAAUGAUAUAAUGGGGGCAACACAGCAGGUGGCACAAUAUUGUUUGGUCUCCAUUAUCAUAUUUUAUGACCUUGGGGAGCUAUAAUUGUAAUCAAAUCAGCUAGCUCUGGUGAGUAUUGCAUCAUUGUGAGUUGGAUAAAGUGAGGGAACAUAUUUACAGCAACUUAAUACUCUCUACUCCUUUAAUUGAGCAAAGCGGACAGAAAGCAUGUGCCAGCCUCUGUUAAUGCGUGCACACGGCUGCUGUAUCGGGAUCUAAAUCCACUGAGAUACUUUUAAUAAGCCCUGUGGAAAAACUGAUGAUGAACCGUGACUGUCAGCCGUCAUCACUGAGAGCAGCCGAGUGCAUGAUGGCAGGAAGAGUGUGGAGGAAAACAGCAGGACUGUUUUUAACUUGAACACACAAAAACGCAUCUUUUCUUCAGACCUCAAGAAGAUUCUUUUCUUCUCUCUGUCUCAUCCUUCCUUUAAUUAUUCCUCUCUGUUCUCACCGAGUCUUUCCUCAUUAUUUUGACACAUGAGGGUGGAGGAGUUGGAGCUCGCUCUGAUAAAAAAAGAGACUCGCUCUGUGUGGUGUGGACAAAUGAUGAAACAAAGACACAUGAAGGCAACUUUGUCCGAAGUUCAGAGUGACCAACAAAGUCAGUCCGUCUGACAGUCAGUCUGAAAGAAAUUGAAUUUGAAAUCAUUACUUAAAAGAUAUAUUACAUAAAAGUGCUGCUUUGAGUUUGGAUAGUUUUAUUAGUUUGAAGGAUUUUAAAUCCAGGAUUAUGGAUCCUUUGAAUAGUGAGUGGGCAUGUUUUACUGCUGAAGGCUGAUCAUUUAUUGAUAUUUUGGUAACUUGUUAUUGGCUGUUGUUUGUCUUGUUCCUCAUGUGGAACUUUUUAUGCUGCUGUCUUAGCCUGGACUCCCUGUGGAGAGAGAGGUUUUGUAUCUGAAGAGGAAUAUUACAGGUUUAAUCAUUUUUUUGUGGUCGGUUUUCAAACUCUUGCUUCAGGCAGUCAGUGCUAUUUCAAUAUUUCGGCUGAAUGCAACAUUGAGAAGAAAACUCAUGCAAACUGCUUUGAAAGGAACCUCCUUCUGUCCAAAUUUCAACUACAAACACAACUGAAACAAACAAGAGUAAUGCAUCUCAGUAAACUACAAGUGCAGAGUGUGCUUUGGUCUUUUUUCUUUGUGCCAUCUUAUGAUGCAGAAGUCCACGCAGAGACACACACAAACCCUGAUAUUUAAAAAUAAUCAGUGAAAUGAGAUCUGAUACUGUCAGCUGUGAUUCAUAAACAGGAGGUUGUGUUACUUCAGCUAAUAAACACACAGACAUCACUCUUAUCUGAGCCCACACUCUGAUUUCAGUCUUUCUUCUUCAGUUAUCAUAAUUUCACUCUGAUGUGUGAAUGUAAACUCAGGGAGAGGAAAUCACUCUGCUGCUGCUGUGUGAAAAUAUCCAUCAUUUCAAGACAACAAACUGUUAUUUUGAUGAGUUAUUUUUAACAUCAGUUGGUUUUGAUGUCUAGUUUGGGUUUUUAUACCAACACCGACUGAUUUCCUGCAAAAUGUGUUUUCAUGCUGUUCAUCUCUCAGGAUGGAUGAUAUCCAGCUGUGCAAGGAAAUCACAAGACUGAAGACGGAGCUGCAGAAGCUGGUCUCAAUUCCUGGUAAAUUAAAAAGCUGUCACUGUCUAACUGUCUCACAUUUAUUCAAUUUCAUAUAACUUGCAGACAUUUAGCUCAGUGAUAUCUUCACUUUAUGCAACAUCCUUUUGUUGUGCGACUGAACAGACAAGAAAAAGACCAAAGAAGACCGGGACAAAGAGGAGGAGCUGCUGCAGCAGAUCAACAAGCUGGUGGAGACCAGAGACUUCCUGGUGGAUGAUGUGGAGUUCGAAAGGCUGAGGUGAGGGGACGGAGAGAAGACCGGAUAGGACUGAGUGGUGUUUCUUAUGAGAGGGAUGAGCAGAUAUGACAGUGUUAUCUCUUUGAAUUGGAGCUAUGAGGUGUCACUGGAACAAAGAUUUAUUGAAGCAAUAUCACACAGGAAAGGAGAGUUGCUGGGGGCACUGGUUAAGCUCAUGUCAAAGCCUGUGCCCUAAACAGAGGCAGUAACCCACAUUGUCAUCUCCCCACUCUAGGGUGACCACACGUCCUCUUUUACCCGGACAUGUCCUCUUUUUUGGCGGCUGUCCGGGCUUGUCUGGCUUUGUUUGGGGAAGUUUAUAAAAUACUUCAAAUGUCUGUGGUUUUGUACGAGAGUUUCGAGUUUGUGUCACAUGGACAUACUGAGUUAGAAGCACGUAAAAGACACUCGAUCGUACCUGAGAAACUCUCAAAAUUAACGUGGUGCGAGUUCGUGACUCCGCCCCCGUGUAGUCGUGUCCUCUUUUUAGGAAGUCAGAAUAUGCUCACCCUACCCUACUCUGUCUUACCCACAUCCUGCCUCUCUUUACCCAAACUCAAUAUUUCCAUAAAGAUACACUGUUGUUUCAGAUUAAGACUGGCAGCAUGAUCUUGCUCAAGUUGUCUGUGAUCCAUCUUACCACACAGGUUUUGAAUCUGUCUUUUUUUCUCAGGUUAAAGCUCUUCAUGAUGGGAAUUCAGGCAAAUGCAAAAAGGGUGCUUGGCAAAGUAACUUUCUCUGCUUAAAAAUUCACACACAUUCAUGACCAAUUCUACUACUGAGCCACGGCUGCCUUGAUUUUGUCAUCAGGAUACAUUAACACUCAUAAAUAACCACCUGAGGUCCAGUUCAAACUCCUAUCUUUUCCACAUAAAGCUUUGCCUCCCUGUAGUCUGUUUCUCCACAGAAUAAUAACUGCAAGUGUACCAUCACAUGAGAGGCUGUUUUCAUUUCUGUCUUAAAUAUGCAGAGAAGAUUUAUUGAGAAUAGAUCUGUGUUUACAUGCAGCAGUGAAUUCACAACAUCUCUCUCCUUUGGAUUUAUCAGCCAAGCCCAGAGCUUUCUUAUAAUUCAACAACACAAAGCAAAAUAUGCAAAAUCUGGGCUCCAACACUUUACUGUAUGAAACCAAAGAAAUGUUCUCCUUCACAGAGAAAGAGAGGAAGACAGAGAAAUGGCCGCCUUCUUGGAGUCCAAAUUUCCCAGGAAACUACCUUCAAAAUGUGAGUCUGCAUGAAAGUGUUGAGUGUAAGCUUAUAAUAAAAAUCUCCAACGCUGAUGAAUUUCCUGUGUGAAAUAAUACAAAUGAUCAAUAACUGAGUUCCCUUUUUUUAAUCAGGUGCUUCAGUAGAUCAAUCAGUGUCCCUCAAAUCCGUGCAGACAUCAGCGCCAUUAAUCACAAAAACUGGAUUCACACUAAUGAAAGACUGCUGUGGCUAUGCCUGCUCCAUCAUGUAACACAGUUACUGUUAAUGAGAGGUGGUUUACCUGCCUCUACCUGAGUGUUUGCGUAUGAGUGUGAGUGAAUAUUGUACGCCUGCUUAAUUUAGAGGGAUUAUUAAUCCCAUUGGGCCCAUUCAAACCAUGUACUACAUGCCUUAAGAUGGUAAAAGUGUUUGGCUGAAGUGAAAACUGUGUUUACAUGUCUUUCAGCAGAGAGCUGAAUGGCUUACAGAUGUACUUCAAGUUUCUGUCAAAUAAAGGUAAUUAUUAGAUACCUAAA